AAACAGAACGCGCGUGAUUCAGAUUUAGGGUAUAGUAACAGCGGUUGUACAAAAAGGAAAGUUAUUGAGGGCAUCCUAGCUUGAUUUUUAUGUGACAUUAUACUAUUUUAGUAACUUACAAUAUUUAUAACAAAACUCGUAAUCCGGGAGCGUAUGUGGCCGGUGCCUAAAAGGCCACGACGCUUUAAAAAGUUAUUAUCGCCUGAUGUUGGGCUUCUGGUUAGGUCUGGGUAAAAUUACGAAAAAGUUUGUAUAGGGGUUCACAUGCCUGUUUUGGUAGAUUUUGUGCAUAUCUGAAAUAAGUUGGGACGCUUUUUUACGUAUCUGGAUUCAGAGUAACAUAUGGCGUAAAGACGAGCACAGCUGGAGGUAGCGUUUCCAUUGCGGUGAUGUCAGAGCAGCUGACUCCACAGCUUGCAGUGUAAUUAGCAAACAGAGCACCAGUUUACUCUCUCCCUUGGCUUCUUUCUUAACCUUGCCCGGUGGGCGAGUACAACUAUCCAAAUGCCUGCGUUUUGCACCUCUCUAUGUUUGCGUGCUCGGUAUCAAAUGAUUGUUCAGUAAACACGAACAGCAGCCGAAGAGCAACCGGGUUUUUUUUUGUUCGUGAAAACGUGCGUACGACUGUUUGUACUCGGUCUGUCCGUUGGUUUCACGUUCCGGUGGGAAGCGCAAAAAAGUAAUGCUCAAUUAAGAAGACUUUUUGAUAGCUGAAGCGCAAGGUUAUGAAGGAAGAAUGGAGUUCCCAGACCAUAGCCGCCAGUUGCUGCAGUGUCUGAGUCAGCAGCGUCACCAAGGUUUCCUGUGUGACUGCACUGUUCUCGUCGGGGAGGCGCGAUUCAAAGCGCACAGAGCCGUGCUGGCCUCAUGUAGCAUGUACUUCCAUCUCUUCUACAGGGACCAGCUAGACAAAAGGGACGUUGUGCAUCUGAACAGUGACAUUGUGACAGCCCCUGCUUUCAGCCUGCUCCUUGAGUUUAUGUAUGAGGGGAAGCUGGACUUCAGUACCCUGCCAGCGGAGGACGUCCUGGCUGCCGCUAGCUACCUCCACAUGUACGAUAUAGUGAAGGUGUGUAAAGGGAAGCUAAAAGAUAAGGAAGUGUGCUGUCUGGAGGACAAGGCAGGCGAAGGGGCAGAGCUCAGCUGCCUGGACAGGGAGAAUUUCUCAGACGAUGAGCUGCACAGCAAGCUGCUGCCCCCCCGGCAGGCCAGGGCCCCCCGGAGACCCCCCCCGGCAGAGGAGCUUGACAUGGACAACAGCGACGUCAGGCUGGCUGUCACUGACUGUGACAGGGCCGUGCAGAGCAGGCAGAAGGCGAACGGUCACCCUGGCAGGUCCCCGGACCUUGUAGGUGUCAAUUAUGUGUCAGCAGAGGCCGAGCCCUGUGUCCAAACAGCUGGAAAAACAAAAGCUGAUGUCAGUAGUUCCACGGUAUCGCUGUCCCUGAGGUCCAGGGCUUCAGAUGACAUGGACUGCGCACUGGAUUUGUCUUUCAAGCCUCUGUGUAGCAGAGAUGCCUUCCACCCCUCCUACGUCUCGGGACAGCUGGCCCUCGACAACCAGCAGCAGGGCACGGAGCCACUUGUUAAAGACGAACACGACUUGCUGUCAGAGCAGGAGGACAGUGAGCCGGUGAGCCCAGAGAGCCUGCGCUUUGGGAAUAGUGCCAGGAGCUCAGCGGUGACAGGGUUCGCUGCCCUCUUCCCCGGCAACAACGGCACGGCGACCGCUCUGCUCUCCCGGGAGGAGGACCUGAUGGGGGAGGAGGGGGAGGGCUGUGGGGGAAGGGAGGCCGGCAGGGAGGUGGAGGAGAGGAGGGGCCGGCUGCUGGGGGACAGCGAGGAGGAGGAGGAAGACGACCUGGCCUCCUCAGACAUCUCCACAUCCAGCGGGGUGCUCCUGCCCCCGGGGCAGCAGGUAUGCGUGUGCCCCCUCUGCAGCAAAGUGUUCCCCAGCCCCCACGUGCUGCAGCUCCACCUCAGCUCUCACUUCCGUGAGAAGGACGGGGCGCGCUCCAAGCUGUCGCCGGACGGCUCGGUGCCCACCUGCUCCCAGUGUGGGAAGACCUUCUCCUGCAUGUACACGCUGAAGCGCCACGAGCGCACGCACUCUGGUGAGAAGCCCUACACCUGCGGCCAGUGCGGCAAGAGCUUCCAGUACUCCCACAACCUGAGCCGCCACGCCGUGGUGCACACGCGAGAGAAGCCCCACGCCUGUAAGUGGUGUGAGAGGCGCUUCACGCAGUCAGGAGACCUGUACCGCCACAUCCGCAAGUUCCACUGUGGCCUCGUCAAGACUCUCGCCAUAGGAUAAACACCUGCUUCCCCCAGGGCUGACAGGAAACCACACUGUCCUUCCACACCGGUUCUUAGCUGGACACAUACAUAUAGAAACAGUACAAAAGACACAAAAAACACAUAUCAUUCUGGAAUUCUACCUUAUGUGGCAUUUCUGAAAUGAUAACUAGACAGCGACUUGGAUAGUUCACUACAUGAUUUCCAGUUGAGUUUGUUCCAGCUGUUCCCUGGUCGGAGAGGCUGGGAGACAGAGUGCUUCUCUACUCUAGUUGGAUACACAGUGAAGGAGGAUGAAUCAGAUGCACUAGUUAAUUUCUGUCUAGGUAGCAGACAUUUAUUUAGAUUGAUGAAGAAAACACUCCACUGAUGAAAGAACAACAUUUUACACCCAUAUUUCGAGGGCGAGUGAGCGAAAGCAGGAGGACUGUAGGACUGAGCGAGUCGUCGGGAAGACAAAACCGUCCGAGAAAAGCAAUAUUUUAUUUUAAACAGAAACAUUAUAUAUUUAUUAGUUGAUGGUUGAUUAGCUAUGGUUAACAACCUAAAUAUCCCAAGGCAGCAAAAUACAUCAAGUUUGACUACUGGAAGUUUGCUUUUGUUUGUAGACUUUUUUUUUUUUUUUUUUUUUUUUUUUAAGGAAAUCAGGCCACAGUUUAAUGUUCCUUAGAGAUGAUGGCCACCCAACAGGUCAUUUAAUCUUCAGUUUGAUAAAAAAAAGAAUAUACUUUGCUGCGAUGGCACUCCAAUGUUUAUAACAACCUCUCUAUCAAGCUGUGUGAACACCUGUGGUGUAUUGUAUGGUCCUCUCGCCCUUGACCUGAAGAUAAGGAGAAUGUUGAAAGAAUGCAGCUAAUUCCUGUAACACUGGUGCCUCCUUCUUCUGCUUCACACUCCAGUACAGGACCUCCCAGCUUCUGUGCUACCUGGCAGGACCCUAAAGAAUCUAACAUUUUUUGGACUGUGCACAAAUACCAGGAAAUGAUUUUGGAGUUCUGGUCUUGGUGGUAUCUGUUAGUUGUAGAAUACCAAGUCAUUCAAGAAUGUAAUAACUGUAAUAUCUGUAUUUAUUUCAAUGUUUUGCCAGGUGGUUGAUUAUCUUCCUGUUCACAGAAGUACAAGUUAUCUGAGCACUUCCUGGUAUUAUGGCGUUAGAAAAAAGUGUAAAUUGGGAAAAUGAUGCUAAAGGAAAGAGCGGUUGAAGAGGGAGUGGAGGGUUGAGACUACACAGCUCCACUGGGAGUCAGCUGCCUGUGCUGUACGUCCACUGGGAGUCAGCUGGCUGUGCUGUAUGUCCACUGGGAGUCAGCUGGCUGUGCUGUACGUCCACUGGGAGUCAGCUGCCUGUGCUGUACGUCCGUCAGAAUUCUUCCUCCUAAAAUGCAACAUUUGUCCCUACUGCUUUGGCCGUCAGGUUUGUGUUCUCCUAUAUUUUGUUUAUUCUGUUAGUGUGUAAGAUACUACUGAAGAUUGGAGUGAAGCCUUUGAUAGUACUUAUCUAAAAGGAAUCAUUGGGCAAAUACACAUUUUAGCCCCCUCUUGUUUUAGAACUGUUUAAAUAGUUUUGUCUUUGUGGAUGUUUGGUUCACUUUGAUGCUAAAUGGAUUCUUACAAUGGGACUAGCACUAACAGUCUAAGAUAUUCACUGAAUCUGUCCUGAGAAGACUUGAUCUGAAUUAUUUAUUAGUUUUACUUGGUUCAGGGUUUACUUUAGGUGUGAUCAGUCAAGUUUAGCUCAUUUCUAUAAGCUUGAAGACUUGGCCUUUUCUUUUGGUACUCGUUCACUGGUUUUGGGGCUGUUUCCUGAUCCAAUUACUGUAACAGAUCAGGCCUUUACUGUAUCUUACACAAAACUCUUAAAUUGAGUAUUCAAGGUUUGUCUCAUACAACAUAGUAAAGCACUUGUUUUAAGCAUUUAGUUUCAACACUGACAUUGUCUAGGCUGCUAUUUCUUACGAUUUGUAUAUUUAAUGUAAAUAUAUAUUCUAUUUAUCAAACUGUUGUUUCGCGGUAGUAGAAGAACAAGUGGAGUUGACGAUGCUAGGUGUCUUACUGAAGCAUUGGCCUCCUCGGCUAGAGUCCUGUCUUCCGUGGAGAGUUCAGUUUCUUCUCCUGCUGGUUCCUGUAUCUCAGCGUAUCAGAAGGCCUCAUGUGGCUCUGACCCCUGUUCCAGCCCGGCAGCCAUUUGUACUCAAGCACAAGUACACUGGGCAGGUAUAGCCUACCUAUACAAGUCACACAAACCCUGCAUUGUUCCGCCGUACCAGGUAGUCGUCAAGGGAUCAUUGUGCAUCCCUGUUUCUGGCCGUGGAGGGAACCAGGCACUGCAAGUCCCUCCGUGCACUUCCUGUAUUGAAUGGAUCCAGUGGAAUGCGAGAAAUGUAUUUAGCACAGUGGAGACCUGGGAGACUGUAAACAGGUGCUUGAAGCAUCAGAGGACAUCUCUACUCUCGGCAUGUCGUGGAUGUGCUUUGCUGACCUGAGUGUAGGGGAUGUGCCACGGCGAUCUCAUUGCACAUAUAUCAAAAUAAUCUCUUAUUUGUUAGUUUAUUGCCUCAAUUGUCAGAUCUUCUUGCCAGAUUUCAAAACACGUUUUAUAACAGUAUAGAAGAGGGGGGAACCUGGUUUGCCCUUACAACUCUUCGUGGAUAUAGGACUCUGAAUCAUCUCCUGUAUAACAUUAAAUAGUAACAGUAUUUCAUAAUGAUUGUGUUUUCAUAUAUAGGUGUUGUGUAGUGUUGAUGUGUGAUCAGAACACACAGGAAUGUAGGGGAAGGUUUGUCUCACUUUUGAAAAGAGGUUUCUUACACAAUGCAGUUCAUUGGUCGUUGAAUUACUGAUGUACACUUGCAGCUGUACAGGCGUGUAAAACUUGAGUUAAGAUUCGAAGGAUCUUCAGUUAGUUUUUCAGUCAUCAUAUAUACCUCCACGGUCCUCACCAUGUGCCUUGUAGACACAAUGACAAGUGUAGCACCUGGAGUUGCCCUAUUUUGUACACCGUCAAUUAACCAGAGUUUGAUGUAGUAAAGUUGGGUUGAUUCAAACAGUAACCCUGUGAUAAGAUUAAGGAAACCUUAUGUUUUCUAUUAAAUGAAAAUGCAAUCUUCAAAAGUCAAUAACUAAGAAUGGUGAAGCCCAUUCAUUUCUGCUGCUGUUGAUCACGAUUAGGUUUGAGUUUUGCUACUGAUGAAUGAAUUUGAAGCUGUUUAUUUUCAUGUGGAGUUCAGUCAUGUUGAACUCAAGACGAAGAUUUUGUCCUGCUGCACAGUAAGUGCAGUCCAUUUGUAGGAAUUAAAGUAUGUUUCAUAGAUUAUGUCAAAUUGAAUGUGAAAUGCUGAGAUUUUAAUCAUGAAAUGUAUGACAAUUGUGGGGCUAUGUUUUCCUAAUUGCUGUAGGAUUGUAAAGUCUAAAACUGAAUAUAAGGUUACAUUAAUACUGGAAUGUUGUCCUUUGCAGGUUAGGACUGUGAAAUUGUGUAUAAUCAUGAGAAAUAUUUAUUGAACUGUUUCUUGUGCAACAUUUGACUGUCUCACAAUUUUGAUUUGUAAAAAAAAUGAAAGAUGCUACUAAAUGUCAUUGGAAAUCUUUUUAAUAGAAUUUGUAGAAGUGCCAUUAGAAUUUAAUAUAAUUUUUUAAUAAGAAAGGUAUAUUUUAUAGUAAUCAAUUGCUUCAGUGUUAGUGGUUUAUAGAUUAGGGGACAAUCUCAUGCAGAACUGACAUUGCUUAGAUCUUGAGGCAAUUUACUUUUGAUCCGUAAUUGUUUGUGCAUUAUUUUUGUUUGCGCUUUCAGAGUGUGCUUGUGUGUGCCGUGGAGAUGUGACAAUCUUGGUUUAGGUUUAUAAAGAUUAUGCUUAGAUUAAACAGAACACUUUUC